GCACCGCGUUGUAGGCGGUAUGCGGGAGGAGACAACCUUGGCGCUGGCGGCCCACGGGGAGGUCCGGGGAUCCGAGGAGGAGCAACAGGGUGGGGGAGACUUCUCCGGGGCCGCCGGAGGUGGCGGUGGCUGCUGCAGCAGUGAGCGCCUGGUGAUCAACAUCUCGGGGCUGAGAUUUGAGACACAGUUGCGCACCCUGUCUCUGUUUCCUGACACACUUUUGGGAGACCCCGGUCGCCGAGUCCGCUUCUUUGACCCCCUGCGCAAUGAGUACUUCUUUGAUCGCAACCGGCCCAGCUUCGACGCUAUACUGUACUACUACCAGUCUGGGGGCCGACUGCGGAGGCCAGUCAAUGUGCCUCUGGAUAUCUUCCUGGAAGAGAUCCGCUUCUACCAGCUGGGUGAGGAGGCCCUGGAGGCUUUCCGGGAGGAUGAGGGCUGCCUUCCAGAGAGUGGUGAGCACCAGAAGCCCUUGCCUUCUCAGCCCUUCAAGCGUCAGGUCUGGCUUCUCUUUGAAUAUCCUGAGAGCUCUGGCCCAGCUAGGGGUAUCGCCAUUGUCUCCGUACUAGUUAUUCUCAUCUCUAUAGUCAUCUUUUGCCUGGAAACCCUGCCGCAGUUCCGGCCAGAUCCCCGAAGUAGAAGUGACGGUGGGAGGGUAAGUUCAGGUGGCCCAGCCUCUAGAGGGAGCCAGGAAGAAGAUGAGGGAGACCACUCAGUAUAUAAACUGUUAAAUCCCAGUGUUAUUGUUCAGGGAGGAGUUGUAUCGGGACCCGGGCCAUCAUCCCAACUGAUCCCACUUGGGGGGCCUACAGAGUCUGGCUCUUUCUUCACAGACCCCUUUUUUCUGGUAGAGACCCUCUGCAUAGUAUGGUUCACGUUUGAGCUGCUGGUUCGUUUCUCUGCCUGCCCUAGCAAGCCAGCUUUCUUCCGCAACAUCAUGAACAUCAUAGAUUUAGUGGCCAUCUUCCCAUACUUUAUUACCUUGGGCACAGAGUUGGUGCAACAGCAGGAACAUCAGCCCGGGAGCACCGGAGGAGGCAGCAGCCAGAAUGGGCAGCAGGCGAUGUCUCUGGCAAUCCUUCGAGUUAUCCGCCUGGUCCGAGUUUUCCGCAUCUUCAAACUCUCCCGCCAUUCUAAAGGCCUCCAAAUCCUGGGGAAGACACUGCAGGCCUCCAUGCGGGAGCUGGGGCUCCUCAUCUUCUUCCUCUUCAUUGGAGUCAUCCUCUUCUCCAGUGCUGUCUACUUUGCUGAGGCAGAUGAUGAUGAUUCACUAUUUUCCAGCAUCCCUGAUGCCUUCUGGUGGGCGGUGGUCACCAUGACCACAGUUGGCUAUGGGGACAUGUACCCCAUGACUGUAGGGGGCAAGAUUGUGGGAUCUUUGUGUGCCAUUGCAGGUGUCCUCACCAUUGCCCUACCUGUACCAGUCAUUGUCUCCAACUUCAAUUAUUUCUACCACCGUGAAACAGAGCAGGAGGAACAAGGCCAAUAUACACAUGUCACAUGUGGGCAGCCUAUACCAGAUUUGAAAGGAGUGGGUGGAGGAAUUGGCAAACCAGAUUUCUCUGAGGUUGCCCCAGAACGGAGACCCAGCUACCUUUCCACCCCACAUAGGGUUUAUGCAGAGAAAAGGAUGCUAACAGAAGUUUGA